AAUCAAAGCUGCCAAAGUUGAGGGUUUUUGGUUUGGUUUGGUAAGCUUAUUGUGUGUCGUAAUCAUGGGCAUUCAUAGAUUUUAGUAUCGACACCCAACUGCCAGAUGCCAUGAUCACUUCCAAGUUUUGAUUUAGCACUGAACAAUUAUGAUUUCUUACUGUUACCGCAAAUUUCCACUCUUGGAUGUUUCUUCGUAAACGGUUUCUUUUGUUGUUUCUUCUCUUCACAAAACCCCGUGAAUAUUUUCAAUCCCCUUUUCUUAUUCUUCAUGUUUAUUAUUAUUUCUUGUUGGAUUCUCCAUCCACCAAGUUAUGGAACAGUGAAUGACAGGUUUCUUAGUUGACAAUAAGAGUUGGGAGAAGAAUGUCUUUGGUCAAUGAAUCAGGGAUAUUUGUUUUAUUUUCCUGGAAGUGGUGUCCACAAUUUCUCUAAAUUUAUGGAAAGUUUCUUCCUUUCCUGUUUGUUUUCGAUGAUAUACACAAAGAGGAUUAUAUGUUUUGUGGAGUUUGGGUAGUGAUCAUGUGUGUAUGUUGAAGAGGUAAAAUGGAUUUGUGGGUUGUUGCGGCCAUUGCUGGAGCUGGGUGUUUGGCUAGAUAUUUUAACAAGCUUUCAAACAAUGUCGAUGGUUCAUCUCCUUUGUCAUUAGAGGAUUCCUAUUUUGAGAAUGAUGUGUCCCCAAUCCAACCCUUCUGCACACAAACAGGGAGAGAUGCUUUAUAUAGAAGGGCCUCAGAUGUGGAUUCAGAGUAUUAUCUUUUGGGUUCUGACGAAGGGCUUGAAAGUGAAAAAGUAGGGCUUUUCAGGAAUUGCAGUGAGAGUGAUGUCCUUUCUGUAUCUAACUUUAAUGAUUAUGGAAAUGAGCAAGGCACCAAUGUUGUUGCCAAUUGUGGUUUCUUACCCUAUGAUCUGUCUGCAGGAAAAUUGGGCCAUAAUCCUCAUGGAAAUAGAACCUCUCACAGGACUAAACAUCUGUAUGGGCAUAUUAGUAGACCUUCAAACUCCUUAGAAAGUUGCCUGAUGGCUCAGCUAUGCGAAGAGCAAGUCAAGUUGGAAGAAUCUGUCUUUUCGCCAUCCAUGGCAAUAAGGUCAUUUAUUGUUGGUGAUAGAAACCAAGUGAUCAGAAGAGCAAAUAAUGAUGAGCCUUUCAGUGGAAUUACCGGAAGUGAAGAAUACAGGUUGCAUAGAGAAGCCAAUAAGGUGAAGGAUGAAAGUGCAUUAUUCGGACUUCCUUCCUUGUCCAAGAUUACAUCUUCUAAUGAUGCCAAGAAGAUGAAGCUUAAUGCAGGCAAUGGACGAAAAAUAAGUGGAAAGCACAUCCAUACUCAACAUGAUGCAUCAUUUCUCUUCAGUCUUGGGAUUUCUUUUGGGAUAAUAACCUCCAUGUUGGCAAAUAAAAGAGAAAUGGACAAGUUAAGAGAGUUGUUAAAGCAGACAGAAAACUUUGUUGAAGAUCUACAAGAUGAACUUGAAAUGAAAGAUUCAAUGAGAGUGAAAGAGUUACAUAAUGAAAAUUAUGUUUCAGAGGGUACUUAUGGUCAUUCCUUAUGUGAUAAAGAGCUUAAUGGAUUUUCACCUGAAAAGCACAUGGAUAAUUUUCCAAUAACUGACUUCAAAGAAUCAUAUGGUCAGAAGGAAGAAGAAAGUUCAGAAGCUAUGAGCAAAAUUGAAGCUGAGCUUGAAGCUGAAUUUGAGAUAUUGGGAUUAAACAUGAAUGAAUCUGACCCAGAAAGACCGCAUUCUGAGCUUGUAGAGCAUGUUCCUGUCUUCGUAGCAGAUUUUGCUCAAGCUGAAUCGCAAACUAACAUGAUUGGUGGGAAAGAUUUUUUCCAGUCAGAACUAAAUGAGGAAGAUAGUGCCACUGUGGUUCCUGUAAAUUAUGCUGUUUCCCCUCAUGAACUAACACUGCGCUUACACGAAGUUAUCCAAUCCAGACUUGAAGGACGUGUAAAGGAGCUUGAAAUUGCCCUUGAAAAUAGUCAGAGAAAACUAUGGUUCAUGGAAUCAGAGCACAAGAAUCAUUCCCAGAAGUUUUUCCCAAGAAAAGCAUCCUCCUUUAGUGAAGGAAAUGUGUUGGCUUGCAAUGAAUGUGAGCCUAUGACUGAACCCUUAGUUAUGAAUUUAUCUGCAGGUGCUUACAAUGACUUUAAAGAAAAUUCUCCAUCAAGCAUGCAUAUUCCUGAAUGCGAAGCAGCAACUGAUAUCCUUGCUUUUCCCAAUGCUAAUGAAGAGAGAGUGUCAUGGGAACUCUCUUCUGGUGAGGUCACAAUGUUGGAAGGGUUAAGCUCUAGCAAUUAUGAAUCAAAUGAUGUUACUGGAGAUGAAAAUUGUGAGUGUGAUUAUGAGAUGGAAAGGCAAUUAAUAAGACAAAUUGUUGAGAGGACCAAGAAAGGUUCUCCUGUGUUCCAAAAUGCUAGAAGGAUAUUGUAUUCUAUGGAUAAAGAUGAGCAUUAGUAUCAACUAUUUUUUAGUUGACUAGAAGUAAAAGAGCGUAGUAAUUUCUCUCCCUUUUUCUGCAUAA